AUGCAGAUGAGUAUGCAGUGCAAUCGUUCUGUUAGACAGAAAGUGACCCAAUUUGACCUGUGGCGAUUGCGCAAUGAGUCCGGCCUGCUUGCAUGGCAGGCGAAGGAGGUCGAGGAACUCUCUGCCCUGAUACAGCACCGAAUCCACGUGUUACAGAAUCCCGCUGACUGUAAAUCUUCCAAGAAAAUCAUCUGCCGUCUUCCUGUCCAGCUGAAGAGGCGAGGAAUAGGCAGUCAACUUCACCACCUGAGCUACUGCUUCCUUGCCGCUUACGGGAUGCAGAGAACGCUGAUCAUUGACAGCAGUGAAGCGGUAGGGACGGGCUUUGCCAUGGACCCCUACUUCCUCCCUCUCAGUGAAACCUGUGUCCAUGCAAAUGGGACUGCUGCCAAGUGGCCAGGUGAGAUCUCAAGGAGCCAGUCUGAAGAAUACUCAGGACAAGACAUAUACCUGACUUCUCCGUGCAGAGCGAACACCCCCGUCGUGCAAUUCCCCAGCGUGGACCGCUUCGUCCCGCGGCCCAGGUACUUCCCGAGGUCCGUCCCGAAGGACAUCGCUCGGCGCCUCAUGAGCGCCCACAGCGACCCCUUCGCCUGGUGGAUGGGGCAAUUCUUCAAGUACGCCUUGAGGAUGACCAGCGCAUUCCGGGAGCACGUGGAGAGGCUCGGCGCGCGCCUGGGCUACGAGGGCCCCAUCGUCGGGUGGGUCUGCGCGGCGAAGCGCGGAUGCCACUCCGCCAGUGCUUCUGUGUGGUCCUUAUGA